CCCGACGCGACGGCCCAACCGCGCGCGCUCUGCUCUCUCGAGUGGGCGGCGGUGGCGGUGGGACCGCCGGCGCCCCUGCCCCGAGCCCACGGGGUCUCCGUGGGUCUCCCGCCGCGUGUGCCCAAGCCGUUAGCGCUCAGGCGCCUCUGCCGCUAGUCUCUCAGUGUUGCCAAUUGCGUCUGGGGAGCAUCAUGGAUUUGUUCAGGACCUUCGGGGCGGCCGCCGCCGUCGCCGCGGAGGAGCCGCAGUCGCGCCGCAAACCGGCCGCCGCACCAACGAGGACCCGGGCGGGGGGCGCACCGCCCCGGCGCCCGCGCCCGCCCCCCGCCCCCACGCCCCCGGCCUCGGCCCCGCCCCGGCCCAGCCCCAGCCCCGCCUCCGACGCGGAUCUCAACCACAAGUACCUGCACAAAAAGUUCAGAAGAUGGCGUCGGCCAGCGUCGACGAGGCUGCGAUGCCGGCCGCGCGCCGUCGCCGCCCGCCGCCGCCGACCCGCCGCCGGCGCCCGCCCCCGUCGUCGCGGGGGUGGACGCCGACGCCGCCCCCGGGUCGCCGCUCGUCGCGGCGGCCGGCGGACCGCGCUCGUCAACGGCGGCGAGGCGGCGGCCGGCGACGACGGGCGCGUCGGGCGGCGGCAGCGGGAAGUACGUGUGUCCGUACUGCGCCUGGCGUGCGCCAAGCCCAGCGUGCUCCAGAAGCACGUGCGCGCCCACACCAACGAGCGGCCUACCCGUGCGAAGCAGUGCGGCUUGCCUCAAGACGCGCUCCAACUGUACAAGCACCGGCGCUCGCGGGCGCACACGCUGCGCUCCAUGGGCCGAGGCGGGGGCGGGGGCGGCGGCACGCCCGGCGGCACCCCGUCGGCACGCCGUCCCGGCACGCGUCGGGCUCCCCCGACCGACAGCCCCGACGAGGACGCCGGCUGCUCGCCGCCCGCCGCCGCCGCGCCGUCGCCCGCGUCGCUCCCCGGCGCCCGCCACGCCCCGCCCCUGCCCCGCCCCGCCGUGUACGCGCCGGCGCGCCGCUGCGUCGUGGCCGCUGCUUUGGCGCGGCGCCCGCCAACGGCGCCAAACAAGAUCUACAAGCCCCAAGUUCACCAGGCGGCUCUCUACAGGGCGAGGCAGAGGAGGAGGCGCUGGCGGCGGCGGCUGUGCCCGCCGCCCCGUCGCCCGCGCACUCGCAAGGCAAACCAAUUAUAUACUUAG